AUGGCGUCCCACCCGGUUGACCGAUAUGGCCCCAAACUUGUCGAGAAGGCCGACAAGAUACAGCACCGGAUGAGCAUGGGUAAUGACCAUGCGAAACCUGCUGGAGGGUUUGAUGCGACUCCGAUUGCGCGUGCCCCACCGGGUUACACCGUCAAGUUCACCUUUCACCGCGGCGACGACCUACCCUUCGCGGACUGGGGCAGCUUCUCCUCGGACCCGUACGUGUAUGCACAACUCCUGGUUGACCUUCCUCGGCGCCACAAGCAGGACCCUCUCGUGAGCUUUCGCACCCCCACCGUGCGUAAGGACAUGAACCCCGUGUGGAACUGUGAAUGGGUUGUCGCAAACGUGCCGGCAUCUGGCUUUACGCUCAAGGCAUAUGUGUACGACGAAGACCCGGCCGACCAUGAUGACAAGCUGGGAAUUGCAUUUAUCGAGGUGCCUCAUCUUUCGGAGAACUGGCCGGGGAUCAAAGAGCAGUCGUUCAAGGUCAAGAAGCGCUUUGGGAGCAAGCGCGUCUACGUUUUCACCAACGUCUCUGCAUUCGCCACGGGUCACCACAAGGAGUCUUUCUUGGUCAUGAGCAUUGAAGUUCUAGGAAAAACGGCGGGAGACAAUGGCGGCCAGAUGUAUACCGUCGGCCCGAAUCAUUGGUUCAAGCACUUCUCACCUCUCAUCGGGCGACUGAUCGGAACGAAAGAUCAAGUCCAAGGCGACGAUGGGAGCGGCAAGGCUCCUAGUCGAUACAACUUCCAAGCCAUUCAAAUACAGCUCAUGGGCCCUGUUCCCUGCGAACUUUACCAUCGCUAUGUGGAGUUUAAGCCGUUUGUGGCAGGCAUGUUUCAGGCGCAAAGCCUCAGGGGCCGAAUCUUGCACAAGGCGCUACACCAUCAACAUCAGCGGAUCUACAAUUUCGACCGCUCCACUGUCAACGGGAGUUUCCCCCAUCCUUGCGAUGAAUUUUCUCGGAAGUUCCUCGAGUUUGCCCAUUACGGUCAAGGCGGUCGGAUCUUCACCUAUGUGCUCACGUUGGACGGCCAGCUUCGGUUUACCGAAACGGGCAAAGAAUUUGGAAUUGAUAUGCUGAGCAAACACACGAUGCAUAGUGAUGUAUCUAUCUAUAUUGCUUACUCGGGUGAAUUCUUCUUGCGCCGGCGCAAGCAUCGUCGCCGGCAGCACUCCACGUCGUCGCAUCCGGCCUCGCACACUGAAAAUGAUAUCCCCGUGGAAGAAGGGGAUGAGUCUGAAGAAGCCCAAGAGGCUUCAACAGAUCCGUCUGACUACGAGCUUUUCAUUGACAACGACAGCGGGACUUAUCGGCCCAACGCCGAGAAAAUGCCGCUGUUGAGGGAGUUCCUCGUUCUCAACUUCCCGGGCCUUCAUGUCACUACUCUGGACUGUCAACAGGACGCCGAGCGAAUGGGCCAAAUGAAGGAAGAACAGCGGGAAUUCAAGAAGGCGCAGGGCAACCCCGCCGCGUACCUCCAGCAAAGCAGUGUCUCGUCACUAUCCAUUUCCAGCUCGGAAGAAGAAGAACUCAACGAGCACAGUGGCCAGGCCAAGAAACGAGGAGAUACGACCCGAAGGAUUCACGAGAUGCGCGAUGUCAAAGGCCAAAUGAUGAGGUGGGUGGAAGCCGAUGGGCAUCCCAAUCGCUCCAAGCACCGCUAUGCCUCCGGACGUGAACGAGCGUUCUCGACCCCUACACCCUCCGCUGCAGGCCCAGCGGCUUAG